UGAGCUUUCUUUUUCUGCACAAAAUCAAGGAGAAGAAGAAACCCUCCGUUUUACUAAAACCUCGCUCCCUCCUUUCACAUUCUUGUCAAAAUUCCCUCUUUACUGUAAGAAUCUUCUCUUCUUCUCGUUAUUACUCGCAGCAACAAAUAAAACAAAGAAGAAGAAGGAGAAAGGGAUGAGUCGUUACGAUAGUAGGUCAAGUGACCCAUCUUCAUACCGAGACCGUAAAAGUGAUUCGGGGCUUGGUGGUGGUAGUGGUGGUGGUGGUGGUGGAUAUGAAGGGGGAAGUCGUUAUUCAUCAUCAAGUAAAAGAGAGAAAGUAGAAGUGAGCUCACCAAAGAAGUUUGAUUUAGAUGGAUUAACACAUUUCGAGAAGAAUUUUUAUGUUGAAUCACCUUCGGUUGCAUCGAUGACUGAGGAUGAAGUUGAAGAGUAUAGGAUUAAGAGACAGAUUACAGUUGAAGGAAAAGAUGUUCCUAAGCCUGUCAAGGAGUUCACCGAUAUUGGGUUCCCUGAAUAUGUCAUGCAGGAAGUGCUGAAGGCUGGUUUUGUUGAACCUACCGCAAUUCAAUCUCAAGGAUGGCCUAUGGCUUUAAAGGGUCGUGAUCUCAUUGGUAUAGCGGAAACAGGGUCAGGAAAGACACUUGCCUAUCUACUGCCGGCGAUAGUCCAUGUUAAUGCACAGCCAUUUUUAGCUCCUGGUGAUGGUCCAAUCGUUUUGGUAUUGGCCCCAACCCGUGAACUUGCUGUCCAGAUACAACAAGAAGUUUCAAAGUUUGGGGCAUCCUCAAAGAUCAAGAGCACAUGUAUAUAUGGAGGGGUUCCAAAGGGACCUCAAGUUCGAGAUCUUCAAAAAGGUGUUGAAAUUGUUAUCGCCACUCCCGGAAGGCUUAUUGAUAUGUUAGAAUCUCAUCAUACGAACUUGAGAAGGGUGACAUACCUUGUGUUGGAUGAGGCAGAUCGAAUGCUAGACAUGGGUUUUGAACCCCAGAUGAAGAAAAUUGUUGCUCAGAUUCGACCAGACCGUCAAACUUUGUACUGGAGUGCUACUUGGCCAAAGGAGGUUGAACUACUUGCAAAGCAAUUCCUCUACAACUCCUACAAGGUGGUCAUUGGUUCCGUUGACUUAAAAGCAAACCAUGCUAUCCGCCAGAUCGUGGAGAUUGUGCCAGAGAGUCAGAAAUAUAACAAACUGGUAAAAUUGUUGGAGGACAUUAUGGAUGGUAGUAGGAUUUUGAUAUUCAUGGACACCAAGAAAGGGUGUGACCAAACUACAAGGCAGCUUCGGAUGGAUGGUUGGCCUGCUCUCUCAAUCCAUGGAGAUAAGAGUCAAGCAGAGAGAGAUUGGGUUCUCGCAGAGUUCAGGUCUGGAAAAAGUCCAAUCAUGACAGCAACAGAUGUUGCCGCACGUGGCUUAGACGUGAAGGAUGUCAAAUAUGUCGUCAACUAUGACUUUCCUGGUUCACUGGAGGAUUAUGUCCACCGAAUUGGUCGAACAGGAAGGGCUGGUGCCAAAGGAACUGCGUACACAUUCUUCACUGCAGCGAAUGCGAGAUUUGCGAAGGAACUUAUUGGCAUCCUUGAGGAAGCUGGACAGAAGGUCAGUCCUGAUUUGGCAUCACUGGGGCGUGGGGCACCUCCUCCACCAUCAGGUCUUGGUGGCUUCCGUGAUCGUGGAAGGGGUUUUGGUGGAGGACGUACAUGGAGUUAAUAGCAACACCAAUUUGAUAUGAAUGAGCCAGCCCCUCGAGAAACAGAGGAAGUACCAAUACAAUGGAAGAAAUAACUACUAUCACCAGAGGUGCCGUCUUGUAUUGUUCAGCUCCAGCAUUGAUUUGUUGAAGACACUGUUGGAAGCGCCAGUAAGAAACCUUUAACUUCACUACAUCUAUAUUUUUUCCCAUUGAGGAGGAAGUUGUUCGAUAUAGAAAUCUGAACAAGUCAUCACCUGACGUCCCUUGGGUAGUCGAGUUCAGUGCAGCUUGUAAGAUAAAACAACUUACCCAUUUAAAAACCACUUUUUGAGGUAGAAGUAGUUUUUGUAGUUUUUAUCAGUUUAGCAGUUGUAGGUCACCCCAUUGCUUAUAUUCUGAAGGAUGUUUGGUCGAGUUUUAAAGUUACCUUUGGUGUAAUUUUAGUUUUUCCCAUCUUCUGAAGUUAAAAGGUAAAUAUUUUACUUAAACACUUGUUGAUACUUGAUACUAUAUGUGAUAGUGGCCAGGGUAUAAUACUUUGAUGUCGCCUAUCAUCAAGGCUUUACAAAUGCUUGGGUAGUUUUCUGAGAUA